AAGGCAGUCACCAUGGUUCCGGUCCGGUCCAGGUCGCUCAGAUUGUGAUCCAGAUGCUCCGACUGCUCCCCCGGAGGCUCCGGCCUCCCUCUGCGGUCUCAGGGCGCUCCUUCAGCGGCCUUCCUCCGCCGCUUCCCGCCGCUCAGGUCCGAUCGACCUUCGUGGACUUCUUCCAGGAUAAACAAGGACACCUGCUGGUUCCGUCGUCUCCGGUCCGGCCCAGAGGAGACCCUAGUUUGCUGUUUGUCAAUGCCGGCAUGAACCAGUUCAAGCCCAUCUUCCUGGGAACCGCAGAUCCCCACAGCGAGAUGGCCCGGUACCGCCGAGUGGUCAACAGUCAGAAGUGCAUCCGAGCCGGCGGGAAACACAACGACCUGCAGGACGUGGGCCGGGACGGGUACCACCACACCUUCUUCGAGAUGCUCGGAAACUGGUCCUUUGGAGACUACUUCAAGGAGGAGGCGUGUGGGAUGGCGUGGAGUCUCCUCACAGAGCAUUAUGGGAUACCUGCAGACAGACUGUAUGUCUCCUACUUUGGCGGAGACGCCGCCUCCGGACUACCAGCAGAUGAGGAGACCCGACAAAUCUGGCUGGACCUGAGGGUUCCUCCUGCUCGAGUCCUGCCCUUUGGACUGAAGGACAACUUUUGGGAGAUGGGAGACACAGGUCCCUGUGGUCCCUGCACUGAGAUCCACUAUGACCAUGUGGGAGGACGGGACGCAGCAAGCCUCAUCAACGCAGACUGUCCGGACGUGGUGGAGGUCUGGAACCUGGUCUUUAUCCAGUACAACAGGGAGGUGGACCAGAGUCUUCGUCUGUUGCCCCAGUUUAGCGUUGAUACUGGGAUGGGACUAGAGCGCCUGGUGGGCGUCCUGCAGGGCCAGCGGUCCAACUACAACACAGACCUGUUCCUGCCACUGCUUGAUGCCAUCCACCAAAGGUCCGGAGUGGGACCUUAUGCUGGCAGGAUGGAGACAGCAAAUGAGGGACGGGUGGACCUGGCCUACAGAGUUGUGGCAGACCACAUCAGAACUUUAUCGGUCUGCAUCGCUGACGGAGUCUAUCCUGGGAUGUCUGGAGCUGAACUGGUGCUGAGGAGGAUUUUGAGGCGAGCUGUUCGGUUCUGUAUCGAGGUCCUGAAGGCCCCGCAGGGAGCACUGGCCAGCCUGGUGCCUACCGUCAGUCACACUCUGGGAGAAGUGUAUCCAGAGCUGAUCACCGAGACAGAUCGGAUCAUGGACAUCAUCAACGAGAACGAAGUCCAGUUCUUAUCGUCUCUGCAGAAGGGCAGCCGGCUGAUUCAGAGGACCCUCAGCAGGGAGGACUACAGAGUUCAGCUGUUCCCUGCCUCGGUGGUCUGGUCUCUGCACCGGGAUCUGGGUUUUCCUCUGGACCUGGUGGACCUGAUGUUGGAGGAGCGAGGUGUCCAAGUGGACCGUCAGGAGCUGGACCGACUGAUCACAGAACACCAGAAGGUGGCGUCAGAGCAGCAGGUAGGUGUCCCGUCCCAGUUGACGCUGGACGUCCUCAGCCUGGCGAAGCUGCAGCAUUUGGGCGUUCCUCACACCGAUGACAGCCUGAAGUACGAGUAUGGACUGGAGGGGGAGGGGCGAUACGUGUUCCCAGAAUGCCAAGCAACAGUCCUGGCCCUGUAUGACGGUCAGACUUUGGUUCCAGAGGUCCGUGAGGGUCAGUCCUGUGGGGUGGUUCUGGAUCAGACCUGCUUCUACUCUGAGCAGGGAGGGCAGUCACCUGACCGGGGCUACUUCACCUGCAACCGCCUGCAGGAUGUUCUGUUCCCUGUGGAGGCCGUGGACCGGGUCGGUGGGUACGUGGUCCAUCAGGUGACUGCAGUCGACAGCCUGAAGACUGGAGACCAGAUUCAGCUGCACCUGGACCAGGCCCACAGGCUGGCCUGCAUGGUCAAACACACGGCGACCCACAUCCUGAACUUUGCUCUGAGGAAAGUUCUGGGUCCAGCGGUCCAUCAGAGAGGUUCUCACGUGUCAGCCGACCACCUGCGCUUUGACUGCAGCAUCAAGGGUUCUCUGAGCCCCUCCCAGCUACAGCAGGUAGAGAGCUGUGUCAACGACAUCAUCUCAGCCAAUCAGAGGGUCUACAGCCAGGAGGUCCCUCUGCAGAUGGCCAAAACCAUCAGAGGACUGAGGACGGUGGACGAGGUGUAUCCAGACCUGGUUCGGGUAGUCUCACUGCACGUUCCAGUCUCAGAACUGCUGGACACUGGGACAGAUGCUGGGACAGACACGGAGACAUCUGUGGAGCUCUGCUGCGGAACACACCUGCUGCAGACUGGGUCUAUCGAGGACUUUGUGAUCACCUCAGAGAAGCAGCAGGUGAAGCGGGUCAGUCGGCUUGUGGCCGUGACGGGACGCGAUGCAGUUCGGGCCCGGGAAAUGGGACUCAGUUUGUCUCAGCAAGUAGAAUCUCUGUCAGCCAGAGCUUCAGGCUCCACCCCAUCCAGUCCUGACUCCGCCCAUCGACUCUCUAAGGAGACAAGCAUCCUGUCUGAUGUUGUGGAUAACAGCGCCAUCCCUCAAUGGCAGCGCAGAGAAAUGCAGGCUUGCCUUCAAAGACUUCUGAGGACCACCAACACAGUCAUCAGGAAACUGGAGACCAGAGAGGCUGCACAGAGAGCUCAGGUUCUGCUGGAGAAGAAUGGCAAGAAGGGGGUGCUGGUGGACUCUGUGGAGACCGGGUCCCUGUCGGUUCUGAUGAAGACUGUCAAUCAGUUGAGCUCCACCUCUCCUCUCAGUCAUGUGAUGCUGCUUGCCCCCCAGAGGCAUUCUGGGAAAAUCCUUUGUGCCUGUCAGGUUCCUAAGGACUCGCUGGCCCUUGCUGCCUCUGAUUGGGCGGUGGCUGUGUGUCGCCACCUCAACGGGAGUGCCGGGGGCUCAUCGCUCGUCGCCAAGGGAACAGGAAGCAGUGGUGACAUCAUCGAGGCCCUCAGGUGGGCAGAAGACUUUGCUCGCCAAAGAACAGAGCGAUGUGACAGUGACUCUGCCCACAGCUGAAGUCUGUCUCAUUGGU